AGUAAACAAACGGGUAAUAUGUUCUAACAGUAGUACAAUUAUUUAGUGGCAUAGCGAACGUGUGUCCUAUAUACAUGGGAGUACCGGUACAAAGUCAAUGUGUGGCUGCACCGGUUAGUUGAGGUAGUAUGUACAUGUGGGUAGAGUUAUUAAAGUGACUAUGCAUAGAUGACGACAACCGAGAGUAGCAGCGGUGUAAAGGGGGAGGGGGGGGGUAAGCCUUUUAAUUUUUUUAUAAUAAAAAAAAAAAUUCAGGUAGCCAUUUGAGUAGAUGUUCAGGAGUCUUGUGGCUUGGGGGUAGAAGCUGUUUAGAAGCCUCUUGGGCCUAGACUUGGCGCUCCGGUACCGCUUGCAGUGCGGUAGCAAAGAGAACAGUCUAUGACUAGGGUGUCUGAAGUCUUUGACAAUUCCUGGUAUAGAGGAAUGGUUUGCAAGUCCUGGUUUGCAAGCCCUGCCACAUCUGACGAGUGCCAGAGCCGGUGUAGUACGAUUCGAUCUUAGUCCUGUAUUGACGCUUUGCUUGUUUGAUGAUUCGUCGGAGGGCAUAGCAGGAUUUCUUAUAAGCUUCCGGGUUAGAGUCCCCCUCCUUGAAAGCGGCAGCUCUAGCCUUUAGCUCAGUGCGGAUGCUGUCUGUAAUCCAUGGCUUCUGGUUGGGGUAUGUAUGUACGAUCACUGUGGGGACGACAUCAUCGAUGCACUUAUUGAUGAAGCCAAUGGCUGAUGUGGUGUACUCCCGGAACAUAUUCCAGUCUGUGCUAGCGAAACAGUCCUUUAGCAUCUGCUUCAUCUGACCACUUUUUUAUUGAUCUAGUCACUGGUGCUUCCUGCUUUUAAUUUUUGCUUGCAAGCAGGAAUCAAGAGGAUAUAACUAUGUUCAGAUUUGCCAAAUGGAGGGCGAGUGAGAGCUUUGUAUGCGUCUCUGUGUGUGGAGUAUAGGUGGCCCAGCGAUUUCUUUUUUUUUUCUUCCCUUUGGUUCCACAUUUAACAUGCUGAUAAAAAUUUGGUAAACGGAUUUAAGUUUCCCUGCAUUAAAGUCCUUGGCUACUAGGAGCACCACCUCUGGGUGAGCGUUUUCUUGUUUGCUUAUGGUGGAAUAUAGCUCAUUCAAUUCUGUCUUAGUGCCAGCCUCUGACUGGUGGUAUGUGAACAGCUACGAGAAAUACAGAUGAAAACUCUAGGUAGAAAGUGUGGUCUACAGCUUAUCAUGAGAUACUCUACCUCAGGCGAACAAUAGCGCGAUACUUCAUUGGAUAUCGCGCACCAGCUGUUUUUUACAAAAAUACAUAGUCCGCCGCCCCAUGUCUAUCCUGCCGGAAUAGCGUGUAACCAGCCAGCUGUAUAUUGAUAGUGUCGACGUUUAGCCACGAUGCCGUGAAGCAAAAGAUGUUAGUUUUAAUGUCGCGUUGGUAGUUUAAUAUUCAGCGUAGCUCGUCGAUUUUAUUCUCCAUGUUUGCUAUCAGAAUGAAGGGAAGUGGGGGUUUAUUAGAUCGCCUACAAAUUCACGCAAAUCGCGGGGAUCUGGGCCUGUUCCCGAGAAAGCAGUAUAUCCUUCGCGUCGGGCUCGUCAGAGUCGUGAAAGGAAAAAAAUGAUUCUGCUUCGUAAAAUGUCUGCCUUCAUCUCCGGCGCCAUAACCCAGUGGUUAUCAUCUUGUGUUAUCAUACACAGUGUAACCCAGUGGUUUUCAUCUUUGUUAUCAUACACUGUAACCCAGUGGUUAUCAUCUUGUGUUAUCAUACAGGGUAAGCAUGCUCCUGAAGCUUUUCUGAUUGGUUCCUCAACGCUUUGGAAAGAAGAACUCAAUUAUAUUCAGCAUUAGAAAUGGACUGUCAAGUUUAGUCCUCCCACAACAUCAUAGAAAAAUGUACAUUAAUUCAAAUCUAUCUCUACGGUUCCCCAGAAGUUUAUUGGGUUGUGUUUGUACUAGCCAGUGGAGCACACAACAGGAUGUGGUCCCAGGUUAAAAAAGCAUCAGCUCUGUGUCUCUUGAACCACUCACUUCCUGCCUCUGGGCUAUGCAGUGUCUGUCAGCCGAGUGGUUCUGCACUGCUUCAACUCUUAACAUAGUGCAUUCGGAAAGUAUUCAGACCCUUCCACUUUUUCCAAAUUUUGUUACGUUACAGCCUUAUUCUAAAAUUAAUGAAAUUGUUUUCCCUCAUCAAUCUACACACAAUACCCCCCAUAAUGACAAAGCAAAAAUUUAGUUUUAGAAAUGUUUGCAAUUGUAUAAAGAAAUACAAACUGAAAUAUUACAUUUACAUAAGUAUUCAGACCCCAGGCUCCGUUCAUCUUUCCCUCGAUCCUGACUAGUCUCCCAGUCCCUGCCGCUGAAAAACAUCACCACUGCAUGAUGCUGCCACUACCAUACUUCACCGUAGGGAUGGUAUUGGCCAGGUGAUAAGCGGGGCCUGGUUUCCUCCAGAUAUGACGCUUAGCAUUCAGGCCAAAGAGUUCAAUCUUGGUUUCAUCAGACCAGAAAAUAUUGUUUCUCGUGGUUUGAGAGUCCUUUGGGGGCCUUUUGGCAAACUCCAAGCGGGCUGUCGUGUGCAUUUUACUGAGUGGCUUCCGUCUGGCCACUACUAUAAAGGCCUGAUUGGUGGAGUGUUGCAGAGAUGGUUGUCCUUCUGGAAGGUUCUCCACAGAGGAACUCUAGAGCUCUGUCAGAGUGACCAUCGGAUUCUUGGUCAUCUCCCUGACCAAGGCCCUUCUCUCCCGAUUGCUCAAUUUGGCCGAGCAGCCAGCUCUAGGAAGAGUCUUGGUGGUUCCAAACUUCAUCCAUUUAAGAAUUAUGGAGGCCACUGUGUUCUUGGGGACCGUCAAUGCUGCAGAAAUGUUUUGGUACCCUUCUCUAGAUCUGUGCCUCAACACAAUUCUGUCUCGGAACUCUAUGGACAAUUCCUUCAACCUCAGGGCUUGGUUUUUUCUCUAUCAUGCACUGUCAACUGUGGGACCUUAUAUAGUCAGGUGUGUGCCUUAACAGGAACGAGUUUGGGAAAUCCUGAUACAACUGAUAUCAAUUGCUCGUUAGAGUGCGAGCUGCUUUUAUAAGAGUUGGUAUUUAUUAGCAGAAUCACUAUGUCCAGUUAGAUUCAGCCACUCUGUGGUCAUUGGACUGUAUGCAUCUGUGAACCUUGAACUUCAAAUUUUAUUUGUCACAUACACAUGGUUAGCAAAUGUUAAUGCGAGUGUAGCGAAAUGCUUGUGCUUCUAGUUCCGACAAUGCAGUAAUAACCAACGAGUAAUCUAACCUAACAAUUCCACAACAACUACCUUAUACACACAGUGUAAAGGAAUGAAAGAAUAUGUACAUACAAAUAUAUGAAUGAGUGAUGGUACAGAACGGCAUAGGCAAGAUGCAGUAGAUGGUAUUGAGUACAGUAUAUACAUAUGAGAUGAGUAAUGUAGGGUAUGUAAACAUUAUAUGAAGUGGCAUUGUUUAAAGUGGCUAGUGAUACAUUUUUUUACAUACAUUUUUACAUUAUUAAAGUGGCUGGAGUUGAGUCAGUAUGUUUGCAGCAGCCACUCAAUGUUAGUGGUGGCUGUUUAACAGUCUGAUGUCCUUAAGAUUUAAGCUGUUUUUCAGUCUCUUGGUCCCUGCUUUGAUGCACCUGUACUGACCUCGCCUUCUGGAUGAUAGCGGGGUGAACAGGCAGUGGCUCCGGUGGUUGUUGUCCUUGAUGAUCUUUAUGGCCUUCCUGUGACGUCGGGUGGUGUAGGUGUCCUGGAGGGCAGGUAGUGCCCCCGGUGAUGCGUUGUGCAGACCUCACUACCCUCUGGUGAGCCGUACGGUUGUGGGUGGAGCAGUUGCCCUACCAGGCGGUGAUACAGCCCGACAGGAUGCUCUCGAUUGAGCAUCUGUAAAAGUUUGAGUGCUUUUGGCGACAAGCCAAAUUACUUCAGCCUCCUGAGGUUGAAGAGGCGCUGCUACGCCUUCUUCACCACACUGUCUGUGUGGGUGGACCAAUUCCGUUUGUCCGUGAUGUGUUCGCCGAGGAACUUAUAACUUACUACCCUCUCCACUAUUGUCCCGUCGAUGUGGUUUGGGGGGUGCUCCUUCUGCUGUUUCCUGAAGUCCACGAUCAUCUCCUUUGUUUUGUUGACGUUGAGUGUGAGGUUAUUUUUCUGACACCACAAUUCGAGGGCCCUCACCUCCUCCCUGUAGGCCGUCUCGCCGUUGUUGGUAAUCAAGCCUACCACUGUAGUGUCGUCUGCAAACUUGAUGAUUGAGUUGGAGGCGUGCAUGGCCACGCAGUCGUGGGUGAACAGGGAGUACAGGAGAGGGCUCAGAACGCCCCAGUGUUGAGGAUCAGCGGGAUGGAGAUGUUGUUACCUACCCUCACCACCUGGGGGCGGCCCGUCAGGACGUCCAGUACCCAGUUGCACAGGGCGGGGUCGAGACCCAGCGUCUCAAGCUUGAUGACGAGUUUGGAGGGUACUAUGGUGUUAAAUGCUGAGCUGUAAUCGAUGAACAGCAUUCUCACAUAGGUAUUCUUCUUGUCCAGAUGGUUUAGGGCAGUGUGGUUGCGAUUGCGUCGUCUGUGGACCUGUUGGGGUGGUAAGCAAAUUGGAUUGGGUCUAGGGUGUCAGGUAGGGUGGAGGUGAUAUGGUCCUUGACUAGUCUCUCAAAGCACUUCAUGAUGACGGAAGAGAGUGCUACGGGGCGGUAGUCGUUUAGCUCAGUUACCUUAGUGUAACGGAUGUGAAAUGGCUAGCUAGUUAGCGGGUACGCGCUAGUAGCGUUUCAAUCAGUUACGUCACUUGCUCUAAAAACUAGAUGUAGUGUUGCCCCUUGCUCCGCUGUGGGCGACCGUUGUUGAUGUGUGCAGAGGGUCCCUGGUUUGCGCCCGGGUAUGGGCGAGGGGACGGUUUAAAGUUAUACUGUUACAUUGAUGCUGUUUACCCGGAUCACUGGUUGCUGCGGAAAAGGAGGAGGUUGAAAGGGGGGUGAGUGUAACGGAUGUGAAAUGGCUAGCUAGUUAGCGGGUACGCGCUAGUAGCGUUUCAAUCAGUUACGUCACUUGUUCUGAAACCUAGAUGUAGUGUUGCCCCUUGCUCUGCAAGGGCCGUGGCUUUUGUGGAGCGAUGGGUAACGACGCUUCGUGGGUGACUGUUGUUGAUGUGUGCAGAAGGUCCCUGGUUCGCGCCCGUGUCGGGGCGAGGGGACGGUUUAAAGUUAUACUGUUACAUUAGCUUUCUUGGGAACAGGAACCUCUUGAAGCAUGUGGGAACAGCAGACUGGGAUAAGGAUUUAUUGAAUAUGUCCGUAAACACACCAGCCAGCUGGUCUGCGCAUGCUCUGAGGACCCGGCUGGGGAUGCCGUCUGGGCCUGCAGCCUUGCGAGGGUUAACACGUUUACAUGUUUUACUCACGUCGGCUGCAGUGAAGGAGAGUCCGCAGGUUUUGGUAGCAGGCCGUGUCAGUGGCACUGUAUUGUCCUCAAAGCGAGCAAAGAAGUUGUUUAGUCUGUCUGGGAGCAAGACAUCCUGGUCCGCGACGGGGUUGGUUUUCUUUUUGUAAUCCGUGAUUGACUGUAGACCCUGCCACAUACCUCUCGUGUCUGAGCCGUUGAAUUGCGACUCUACUUUGUCUCUAUACUGACGCUUAGCUUGUUUGAUUGCCUUGCGGAGGGAAUAGCUACACUGUUUGUAUUCGGUCAUGUUUCUGGUCACCUUGCCCUGAUUAAAAGCAGUGGUUUGCGCUUUCAGUUUCGCUCGAAUGCUGCCAUCAAUCCACAGUUUCUGGUUGGGGAAUAUUUUAAUUAACGCUGUGGGUACAACAUCACCGAUGCACUUGCUAAUUAACUCGCUCACCGAAUCAGCAUAUUCAUCAAUGUUGUUGUUUGACGCAAUGCGGAACAUUUCCCAGUCCACGUGAUCGAAGCAAUCUUGAGGCAUGGAAUCAGAUUGGUCGGACCAGCGUUGAACAGACCUGAGCGCGGGAGCUUCCUGUUUUAGUUUCUGUCUAUAGGCAGGGAGCAACAAAAUGGAGUCGUGGUCAGCUUUUCCGAAAGGAGGGCCCGGGAGUGCCUUAUAUGCGUUGCGGAAGUUAGAAUAACAAUGAUCCAGGGUUUUACCAGCCCUGGUCUGCUUGGGGGGAAUAUAUGCGGCUGUGAUUAUAAUCGAAGAGAAUUCUCUUGGUAGAUAAUGCGGUCGGCAUUUGAUUGUGAGGAAUUCUAAGUCAGGUGAACAGAAGGACUUGAGUUCCUGUAUGUUGUUAUGAUCACACCACGUCUUGUUAAUCAUAAGGCAUACCCCCCCGCCCUUCUUCUUACCAGAAAGAUGCUUGUUUCUGUCGGCGUGAUGCGUGAAGAAACCAGCUGGCUGUACCGACUCCGAUAGCGUGUCUCGAGUGAGCCAUGUUUCCGUGAAGCAAAGAACGUUUCAGUCUCUGAUGUCUCUCUGGAAUGCUACCCUUGCUCAGAUUUCAUCUACCUUGUUGUCAAGAGACUGGACAUUGGCGAGUAGUAUGCUCGGGAGCGGUGCGCGAUGUGCCCGUCUCCGGAGCCUGACCAGAAGACCGCUUUGUCUUCCCCUUUUACGGCUUCGUUGUUUUGGGUCGCUGGCUGGGAUCCGAUCCAUUGUCCUGGGUGGUAGGCAAAACAGAGGAUCCACUUCGGGAAAGUUGUAUUCCUGGUCGUAAUGUUGGUGAGUUGACGUUGCUCUUAUAUCCAAUAGUUCCUCCCGACUGUACGUAAUAAAACCUAGACUACCUGGGGUAACAAUUGUCGUGGCAAUUUCCUGUAUUGCCAAAUGAGGAGAGUUACAAACCACACACCAGUCAGUUAUACUUAAACUUCAUCUUUAAUAAUGUGAGCUUUACCAUAGCCCUGUGACUUUCAACAAUUCACUUUCUAUAAUGAAUUGUUGAGAGUCCUAACAUAAUGGCAACUGAGAUAUUUUAUAGCAAAGAUACACCCCUCUCAACUUACAUGACGAACCACAGAUCUUUAGGAACUCUUCACAAAGGGCCUUUUACUUGAGAAAGGAGUAUCCCAUAGCCAGAUAGCAUUAGCUAUAAAUUAUCGCUCAGUUUGGUCUCUAAAUCGAGGUUCUAAUCUCGUUCCUGGUACUUCAUAGUACCAAAACAUUACCUCAUCCAAGGCAUAACUCAAUUGUCAACUCUUAUAUACUCCUAUCUCAAGUAAACCCCCUCUUCUCCCCACUCCUAGACAAGCUCACUGAGGGGAGUGACUUGCACACAGACAUUGUGGAGCCAAGAGAUAAUUGGUUCCCCCUUAAUCAUGCCAUCCCUUCUAACAGAUACAUUCACAUAUGAAGACAAUGUUCCAUUCUGUCCUCUUCCCUUUCUGAUAUUCUGCAUAGCACCAGGGACAUGUGAAAGACAAGCCUGACCUCUCCCCUCUCUGGGCCCCAAGUGACUGAGCCCUAGCUGAGAAGGAAAAAGUGCAACUGCCAACAGUAUAGUCCAAAAGGAUACAUUCUAAUGACAAGUAUCUCACAUAAGCAUAUUAUAUAAAUAAAACAUCUUAUUUAUCUAUGUUACCCAACUAAUUCUGAUUCAUCUGCCACACAAUGUAAGAAAUAACACGUAAAAAAACAAAAUACUGCAUAGUUUCCUAGGAACGCAAAGCGAGGCGGCCAUCUGUCGGCGCCUGAAUUUGACUUUGCACAUACAGUAUGUUAAUUGGUGGGUUGCUUUAGUGACAUCAACCCUCCAUUGUUGUACAAAUCAAUUCCAUAGAAUAUUUUCUUGUGUCUAUUUUCAAAGGAUAAAGCUAAGAGCUGUUGUGGAAAUUCUUACACAGGGACACUCAAAGUCAAUCUUAAAUGAAUCAUACUUUUUUGUCAGCAAAGCUGGAGAGGUCGUAGUCAAACUUAGAUGCAUAAAGUACCGGUCUGAAGUGAGCUCUAACAGGGCAGUCCCGUUAGUUCCCUUAUAUACUGACAAGUUAUAUUUGCAUGAUGUAGCUUAUUCAUCAUUCAUAAUUAAUGUUUGCUUCAUUCAUGUGACGAUCAAAUACUGGGUCAUGCAUGUGACAGACCAACACCCCACAAGGCUUCUUCUCUCUAAGCUGAGACCUUGAAACUGAGAUAUCCCUUUCUCUAAACAAGGUUCUAGGCGUACUGCCAAAUUGCAGAUACUGACAGUGAGGAUUCGUUCAAUCAGUCACUUGCAUGAACACAGAAAUUGGUUUAUAGAAAAGCACAAACAUAACACACAAAUUUGUUAUUAGAAAAGCACAAACAUACACAUUUCCAUAACAUUCCAUUCUCUUAUCACUUGUGUGAUGAUAAUCAUUACAUUUUAAUGUAAGCAUUUAGAUUUUAGCUUCUAUAUCAUAAUAUUCUAUACUCCUAUUAAAGUUAGGGAAAUCAACGCAGAAAAAAACAGCCACUUCAUAAUUUCAAACCCUUCAUUCUGGGUUAUACAAUCUAAAUAGUAUGGUAAUACAAUUUUUUAUUUAACUAGGCAAGUCAGUUAAGAACAAAUUAUUAUUUACAAUGACAACCUAGGAACAGUGGGGUAACUGCCUUGUUCAGGUGCAGAAUAAUUUUUUUUUUUACCUUGUCAGCUCGGGGAUUCGAUCUAGCAACCUUUCAAACAGGGAUUCCAACCAAGUUGCAGGCGUCCACUCUGGUUGUGGGGAAUUAUUCUUAGCAACAGUGGCAAUGUAUUCGGCGAGAUCAGUCAUAUUAGAAGAGUGAUCUGGGACAAAAGUACAACAUUCAUCGCCAAUGAUUGCACAAGUGCCCUCUUGACCUGCCAAAAUAUAGUCAAGAGCCUCUCUGUUUUGCAGAGAUAAUUUACGCAAUUCUUUUAGCAUUGCCAAUUUUCUCUAUGUCUCUAGAGAUCUCCCGAAUUUGGCCUAGAGCACAUGCAUAACUUUCACAGGGAAGAGAGAGAACACAUGUUAUAACAGUUUCACACCAACCUUGAUAAGAAUGGGAUUGGGGCAAGGUUAGCCCAAGCUACAAUCUAGUGGCUCUCCUCACAAUUUAGGGGUAUAGCUCUGUCUCUACAAGCCUCUCCUUCCCAUAUCAUAAUUAUAAAUAUUGAUAAAUUAUCCAACCCAAAUUUAGAAUGACAGUCCUUAGUGCUUCACAUUGGUUCUAUCACUUUAAUUUAAGACCCUCAUCAAUAAAUCAAACAGAGUAUUAACCACUAACAAAUAUUAAUUAACAGGUGGGUUGUGUGUGGGUGCUGGCAUGGUGCCCCCUUGUAUAUAGAUUCCUUGCCCGCUAUAAUUACCAUUCUAUAUUAACAGCUGGAUCCGGGUACCUUUAACUGCUCUCCUAAGGCACUUGCCUUGGGAAUCCUUUCAAAGGGAGAGAUACAGAAUCAUUGAUAAACGUAGAAAAAAAACUUGAUAGACACAUCACAUGAUACAGUGUCCCGUCAAGCUGAAUAGGCACCUUCUAAAGUAAACAAACCCAGAGCCCCUCUCUUGUAAUCAUUGUCAUUUCGACCUGUUGCGUUGACAUACAAUUCCAUACAAACUAUCCCUGGGACAUAAACUUAGUCACAAUUUAAAACCUGUUGAACAAAUCUGCUAGGACCUUCAAAAAGUUGGUGCUGGCUUAUCAGCACAAUAUUCGGUACUAAAACAUUUACUUGGAUCUACUUCUUCUGGACACAGUUCCAGGUAAUGGAAACAUAUUGUUGUUUUAGAUCACAUUACCCACUUAAAUCACUGGACACAGUUCCAGGUAAUGGAAACAUAUUGUUGUUUUAGAUUACAUUACCCACUUAAAUCACUGGACACAGUUCCAGGUAAUGGAAACAUAUUGUUGUUUUAGAUUACAUUACCCACUUAAAUCACUGGACACUGUUCCAGGUAAUGGAAACAGAUUACUGUUUUAGAUGACAUUACCUUCUUACUUUAAUCCCUGGUGCUACCCAUACUAUAGAAUUGAGUAAUACAUUGUCAAAAACGUGUCUUAUUCAAUUAUUCAUACCUCUGUCCCAAAUUUCCCCACUGUGUCUCGUACAGCCUAUUUGAGUUCAGUGUGUACUGGUAGCUAUUGUUCCACAGGAAGCUGAUCUCUAACCCAAACAACAGAUCACUUAAACACAAGAGCAAUGGACCAGGCCUUGAAGAGUGAGCAGCCUCUAAUUUAAUAUCAGUCCCAAUGCUCAAUCCCUUUGUCUUAUUACUUGAAAUUACUAAAAUAUUGCAUUAUUGGAGUGCUAUCUGAAAGCCAAUUACUAUUCACGUUGUUACUUUCACUAGUCUCCGUAUCUGUUUCUUUCUUUCCCAAUAGGAAGAUCUUCUCAAUCACUUUGUUAAUACACACAGAUCACUCUCAAACAACAUUCUGCUUUUCCCCCUCUUGCAAGGUUUAAAACAAAACAAACAUGAUAACCUUCUCCAUAUUGGAAGGCAUUGAUUUCAUUUUAGUCUACCCUAACAAUGUUAGUCUAUAUAUUUAUUUCACUUUCUGCUUCACACUUAUUAAAUGUCUAUUUUAAGCUUCGUAUGUAAUAUGCCAAAUGUAUAAAAUAUAUUGGUCAAUUUAGAAGGGGAGAGAUAAACAGUUUUUAUAACUAGGCUAGCACGGCACUGUCAUUGGAAUGUUCUAUCCAUAAGGUUUCUGGCACUUGAGACAAAAUAGACUGGGAGGCAGUGUCAGACCCCCAGUCAUCCUGGGGCACUGGUUCAAUUUGCCUGCUUACUCAUUGGUUUAAUAUCUCAUCGUUUGGGAUAUCAACAAAAAUCAGGAGUACAAUCAAUUGUAGCCUUAAGUUUAGUUAAUAGAAAAUCAUGUUCAACAUUCAUUGGUUCUAUUUCUAGUUUUAUUGGUUAGGGGUAAGUCAAGUCCCAUACAAUGCUUUAACCUUAUCACACCUCAAAUUAUCCAAAAAGGGACCACUCUGAACAUUUCUCAUAAUACUUUUUACACCACUUACAUACGUCUACGUGUGGGUGUGCAAAUUGUAUAUAUAUUUGUUUCUAUUGUUACAUCUCUAGUAACCCAUUAUACUCAAUAUUAUGUUACUUUAUCUCUAAAGUUUCAAUCUCUUAAUAUCCACAUUUCAAUCAAUCUUAUUAUCCAAAUUUCAAUCAGCUUAAUUUGUCGUAUCUCACAAUCACGCAUCUUUCACAUCGACUUUCACUUUCACAAAAUCACUCCCUAAAAACAAAAUCCUAUGGAACAAUCCUUGGAUAGCUUUUCAGAAUGCACAGAUAAAUUGGUCAACAUGGACAACUAGGUGAAGGAUUUUUUAAACUAACAAAAGGAGUUCUACAAGCAGUUGUUACAAAAAUAACAAAAUAGCUUGAAGUGUUUUGUCCAAUUACUGGUGGAGUAAACUAAUAAAAUAAUGCAUGACCUGAUCAGAGAGGUCCAGGACCUGAAGAACAGUUUGCAGUUCUCCCAGGGUCCUCUUGAUGAGUUUAAACAGGAGAACGGCAAGAUGAUAGCAAUCUGUAAAUCACUGAGAGAGGACAUCAAUUCUCUGUAUGAAUCCAUGAUAACAAUAACAGAUAAACCAGAUUAUCUCGAGGUACAAUCAAGACGGAACAACUAGGUUGUGGACGGAAUUGCAGAAUCUCCACGAGACCUGGAGGGAGUCUGAGGACAAAGUGAGGGAAGUGAUCUCAUAGAAAUUGAAAAUGGACCAGCGGAAGAUUGAGGUGGAGCGCGCCAACAGAACUGGAAAUCCCACCACCGGUCCAGGUGACAUGCCCAGGCCGAGGUAGCUGUUCUGUAAGGUAGUUGUUCUAGAAAGAACCAAGAACUUGAGAGGAAUGUAUAUCUUCCUCAACAAGGACUAUCCUGAAGCUAUGCGCCAGAAGAGAAAAGACCUUAUCCCAACCAUGAAAGCUGCCAGAGCGCGUGUGGACAUAGCUUACAUCCGCUAUGACAGGCUCAUUGUCCAUCCUCCGUCCCAAAAAUGCCUGGAAGGGAUGAGAGAACCAAGACUGUAGGUUCAUAGCUUUAACCUCGCAGCACACACCACACUUUCACACACCAAUUGAUUAAUGAACUGCUGAAUGAAUAUUUUUUUCUCUUGCUUUAUCUCUGAUAAGCUACCCAGGAAAGGGCUGAAAAUAGCCCAUAUUAAUAUAUGUAACCAUAGAAAUAAGGUUCAUAUAUUAGCCAUUUCUGAGACUCACUUAGAUAAUUCAUUUGAUGAUACAGCAGUAGCAAUACAAGGAUAUACCAUCUAUAGAAGAGGCAGAAAUGCUGUAUAUAUUCAGAGCCAUAUCCCUGUAAUGCUUAGAGAAGCUCAUAUGUCAAGUGUUAUUGAAGUGUUGUGGUUUCAGGUUCACUUGGCACAUUUAAAGCCUUUUCUGUUGGGGUGUUGCUAUAGGCCAACAAGUGCUAACAGUCAGUAUCUAAAUAAUGUGUGAAAUGCUUGAUAGUGUAUGUGAGGUAAACAGAGAGGUCUACUUUCUUUAUUGACUGGUUUUCAUCAAGCUGCCCACUCAAGAGGAAGCUUCUUACUGUAACCAGUGACUGUAAUCUGGUUCAGGUUAUUAAUCAACCUACCAGGGUGUUUACAAACACUACAGGAACAAGAUCAUCCACAUGUAUUGAUCACAUUUGUAUAACUUUGUUCUAAAGCUGUAUCUGUACCCCUUGGAUGCAGUGAUCACAAUAUAGUGGCUAUAUCCAAGAAAGCCUAAGUUCCAAAAGCUGGGCCUAAAAUUGUGUAUAAGGGAUCAUACAAAAGAUUUUGCUGUAGAUGAUGUAAAAAAUAUUUGUUUGCAAGUCAGUUAAGAACAAGUUCUUCUUUACAAUGAUGGCCUACAAGGGAACAUUGGGUUAACUGCUUUGUUCAGGGACAGGUAGACAGAUUUUUUAACCUUGUCAGCUCAGAGAUUCGAUCCAGCAACCUUUCCCCUGGCCCAACACUCUAACCACUAGGCUACCUACCGCUCUAAAAUGAAUAAGGAGCAUCCAGAUGCUGCACUUGAUGAAUUUAUGAAAUUGCUUCUUACAAUUAUUGAUAAACAUGCACCUGUUAAGAAACUGACUGUUUGAACUGUUGAGGCUCCAUGGAUUGAUGAGGAAUCGAAAACCGUUAUGGUUGAAAGAGAAGAGGUAAAAGGAGUGGCUAAUACGUCUGGCUGCACAUCUGAUACUCAUGUAGCUACCCUGCACACCAGCUGCCAAACCUUCAAUCUGCACUACAGCUAAAGUACACAGAACACUACAGCUUCCUCUUUCUAUGUAUAUUUGGGUGCACACUUUACUUGCUUAUCACCCCUUGCAACAUUUCCCCUCCACCCUGCUUGAGUUAGUGGGUUGGUUUAUCUAUCAAUUAUCAAUUGUCAUUGCAAAUAAGAAUUUGUUCCUAACUGACUUGCCUGGUUAAAUAAAGGUUAAAUAUAUAUUUUUUUUUAAAUAAAGUCAUCUCUGCCCUUCGCUCUGUCUCUCUCGCUCUCUCUGUCUCUCUCGCUCUCUCUGUCUCUGUCUCUCUCUCUCUGUCUCUCUCUAUCUGUCUCUCUCUAUCUGUUUCUCUCUGUCUUUCUCUCUCUGUCUCAGUGUUGUAAUGAUGUGCAAAUAGUUAAAGUACGAAAGGUAAAAUAAAUAAACAUAAAUAUAGGUUGUAUUUACAAUGGUGUUUGUUCUUCACUGGUUGCCCUUUUCUUGUGGCAACAGGACAGACAUCUUGCUGAUGUGAUUGCACACUGUGGUUUUUCACCCAAUAGAUAUGGGAGUUUAUCAAAAUUGGGUUUGUUUUUCAAAUUCUUUGUGGGUCUGUGUAAUCUGAGAGAAAUAUGUGUCUCUAAUAUGGUCAUACAUUCGGCAGGAGGUUCUCUCUGUCUCUGUCUCUCUGUGUUUCUCUCUCUCCACCCACAUUAUAUCCCCUCUCGCUCUAUUUCUUACACGCCUAUCUUUAAGUUUCUGUGUCCCCUCUCUUGUUUAAAAAAGUGCCACCACUAACACCUGCCUCGUUGGGUCUGUCUCUUUUGAAACCAUCGUUCAGACUGUUCAUUUUAUAGCAACACAUUGAUCCAGUCAUUAAUAAAUCAAUGUAUGGAUCACCUCCAAUUGAAAGGAAAUAAACUGGAUCUCCACCACAGCAGUGAGCAAAGAUUUCUUCAACUUUUCUGCGAACUAUUUGAAGAGGCAUGACUACUUACGAUCCAGAAAUCAAAGACCAAACCACCUCCUCCUUUGUCGUCUUGACUGUCUUCUUCAUCCUGUUCACCCUCGUUGCCCUCCUGGUCGUUCUGUACAUGUGGCUAAACCGCCAGACUAAUGGCCAGUACACAGUCCACCAACUGGUCCUUGGGGAGGGUGGGGCCAGGGACCGGGUGAGGGGCGGGGUCCAAGUCCUGGAGGUGUGGUUCAGGCGUCGCCUUUGGCCUCUCAGUGAGGAUGAGGAGACUGUAGGAGAGGAGGAACAGAGAGACGAAGAGGAGGAUGUAGAGAGAGUGAGUGAGGGAGGGGAAAGUGAGGGGGAGGGGAAGAAGGAGGAGGGGGAUAAGGAGAAGGGGGGUGAGAGGGAGGGCCGAGUGGACGACUCUUCGGAUGACUACUCCAGUGCGGAGGGCUGUGGCCUGACGGAGAGAGUGAAGGUCAUGGACGCGAAGAAGGAGAGGAGAGAGUGUGAGGGGAAGAGAGAGGAGAAUAUGGAGGAAAAGGGGGAUAGCAAAGGUGAUGAGGGAGCAGCGGGAGGAGAAGAAAGUGGACGGGGAGGUUUGCUGAUACACCUGCAUCAGUACUCUGGUAGUGCUAUCUGGUCUGAAGAUUAUGAGGGAGGCAAAGACAACAAGGAUGUGACUGCAUUGUGAGGAAAGGAUCAGAAAGGGGAAAGAGUUCCAUAAUACAUUUGUGUACAGUAAUAGCGCUUGACAGAACAUUGGCUACUUGUCAUCAUCACCAUCAUCAUCAUCGUCAUAAUUGUAAACCUUACAAACCAGUGAUAUAACAAUCAAGGCAGAGAGCAACAGAGAGUGUACUAAAUCAAUCCAAUUAUCAAAGUGACUGACAAGAGCAACAAUUGCAGCUUGAAUACAUGAAGCUAUAUUAAUGUAUUUUAGAUAUAAAAUCUCAUUUUUAAACGGUUUGGGAGUUUUGGGGUUUGCACUGUUUCUAUGAGAUGAUUUGUAUUGUAAAUAUUUGUGUUCUGUAUAUUUUAUGAAUUGAAUAGCUAUUUAGAUAGGCCUGCCCAACCUUCUUCCUGGAGAUCUACUGUCCUGAAGGUUUUCAGUCCAAUCCUAAUUUAGCAUAUCUGAUUCAGCUAGUUAAGGUAUUGUUGAGCAGCUAAUUAGUAGAAUCAGGUGUGUUAAAUUAGGGUUGGACUGAAAACCCAUAGGACGUUAAUCUCCAGGAAGAGGGUUGUGCAGCCCAGGCCUAUGGCUUGACUUUGUGCUAUACUGUUUCAUGUAUUUUGUGCAUUAUGUUUAUUUCCAGAGAAAUCCAUGUAGUGAAUUGGAGCCUCUGCCACAGUCAGAGAGCCAUAGGCCAACCAUUUCAUUGAUUUGCAUGUGACAAUUUUUUAUUUUCUGAUACAACUUAAAGGCCCAGUGCAGUCAAAAUGAUGUUUCGCUUAUGUUUUGUAUGAUGUUGUACAGCAACUGAUGAAACAAACACUGUAAAAGUGUGAACAUAUUUGAUCAGUGUUAUUCCUGAUAGUUGCUGGUUGAAAAUACAAUCUACACAGGGCCUUUACAUUUUUAUUUUUGAUGAGAGACUGUUACAGAGGAGUGUAAAUGUUUUUUUUUAGGCUGGAACAUGUUGUUGAAUUGUAUUGUUGUAUGUUAUAAUUGUAUAAUGUAUUGAUUGUUGCUGCCUUUUUGGCCAGGUCUCCAUUGAAAAAGAGGGUCUUAAUGUGCUUUUCCUGGUUAAAUAAAGGUUAUUAAAAACAUUUUUUUAAAUCAGCAGGUUUGCAUGGCAUUCCCCUCCCACUCAGACCACUCCCUGACAGUCCUAGCAAAAUUCUUGCUUGAGAAAUAUUUUUCUGCAAAAAGGCUAUUUCUGUCCAUUUGAAUGAGAAACUAUUAUAGUAAAGGUUCUUAAUUGUUACCCAGAAGUCAUUUGAUAUUGAUAUAAUAACGGUUGCAUGAGGCUUUUAAGUGUUUGCGCUGAUGUGAUUAUAUUGUCUGUUUCCUUUUCUUAAAACUGCAUUGUUGGUUAAGGGCUUGUAAGCAAGCAAUUCACUGUUGUAUUCGGCGCAUGUGACAUAUCAUAUUUGAUUUGAUUCGAUUUGAUAGUUAUACUGUUGAAAUAAAAAAAUAUUUUCCAAAUUAC